UUUGUAUGCUUUUAUUAAAAGUGAAAGAGCCAAGUGAAACACGAAAAACCAAGUGUUUGAUCCAGUCCUUUCUGUGUGUGUUUGUUUGUGUGUCUGUGUGUCUGAUAUAUUGCCGCCGUUUUUUGAAAUUAUUGACAUUUUUUUUGAAUGUUUAUCGCUAGGUUUAACAAACGAUGCCUAAACGUAAAAAAUCAGGAUAUGAUGAUGGUAUCGACGGUGGUAAACGUCGAAAAUAUGAUUUGUCAGAACAGCUACAAGAAUUGAUUGAAUCGCUUCGUAAUUAUAAAACAUCACAAGGUAAACAAUUAUGUGAAACAUUUAUGCGUGCACCGAAACGUCGAACAUUGGCUGAAUAUUAUGAAAAAGUAUCCACACCGAUCGAUUUAUUACGUAUACAGCAAAAGAUUCGUAUGGAUGAAUAUGAUGAUUUGGAACAAUUUGAAUCGGAUAUCAAAUUAUUAAUUAAUAAUACGAAAGCUUUCUUCAAACCUGAUACAACGGAAUAUGCAGAUGCCAUUAAACUUUGGGAUGUAUAUGUGGAUUUAAAAAAUCAAAUUUUUGGCUCAUCCAGCGCUGCUAGUUCUGAUGAAUCAUCAUCCGUAGCAGCUGAAUCGAAAAACGAUUCUGCAGAUGAAAAAUCCGAAGCCGAAACAUCGUCAAUCAUUGGUGUCGAUCAAUUGAGCGUCAUGUGUGUUAGCGGUGGUGGUGGAGCCGACGAUGAAGAUCUAUUCGAAGAAUUAUUUGGUGCUAUCAUGUCAGCUGUUAGUGAUGAUGGUCGACAAUUGUCAACAAUGUUUGAAUUAUUACCAUCACGUACGGCUUAUCCGGAUUAUUAUGAUAUUGUAACCGAACCAAUAGAUCUGAAGAUGAUUGCAUCACGUAUACAAAAUCAUGAAUACAAUUCGUUGAAUGAUUUAGAAAAGGAUUUAAUAUUAAUGAUACGUAAUGCUAAAAUGUAUAAUGCACCUGGUUCGCAAAUUUAUAAAGAUGCCAAUGCAUUGAAAAGAACCGUUCAGCAAAAAAGAUCGGAAAUCGAAACCAGGCGUUCAACACCGGCUGCUAAAUCUUCCGAACGAAUACGUGCUAAACGUCAGAAUCCAUUUGGCCAACAGAAUAAAUGGAGCACUAUAGCGGCUGCAUUAAAAUAUGAUGAAGAUGGUCAAGGAACCUCAACAGCUGGUGAUGAUGAUUUUGAUGAAAAUGAUUUGAAUUUUUCCGAUUCAGAACAUGAUCAAGAUGAUGGUACAAGGGAUUCAAAUCCACAUUGGAUGCUUUAUAAUGCUGUUUAUGAUACACCACAUUCAGAACCAUUCAUUCGAUUACCAUCGAGACGUAUCUAUCCUGAUUACUAUAAAGAGAUUAAACAUCCAAUUUCAUUGGGACAAAUUAGAAAUCGAAUCAAAACAAAUCAAUAUGAUCGUAUUUCCGAUUUGCUUGAUGAUUUGAAAUUGGUUUUCGACAAUGCUUUGAAUUAUAAUCGACCUGAUUCCAAAAUCUAUAAAGAUGCAGCCAAAUUGAAGAAAAUUUUACAAAUGAAAGCUCGUGAAAUCAUGUCCGUAUAUAAAGAUGAAGGUGGUGAAGAUGAUGAUGAUUAUGAUGAUGAUGAUGAAGAUGAAGAUGUUGCCGAUACUGCAAAUGAUGAUAAUGAUGACGGUGAUUCAAAUUCAAUGAUACCAUCGCCAACGAAAAAAAGUAAAGCUGGUCAAAGACCUUCUCGUUCAUCGAAACGAUCCAUGGUAAAUGCAAUGUCACAAGAGCUGAAAAAUGUUCGCCGUUCCCAAAAAGCCAUCAAUUCACAACAAAAAUCUCGAAUGAUCACUUUAUAUCGAACGGUUUUGCAUUCCGAUGACAAUGGCCGUCUGUUAAUCGAUCCAUUCAUGGAAAAACCAUCCAGGAAAAUGUAUCCUGAUUAUUAUGACGUUAUCGAAAGACCCAUUGAUAUGAAAACAAUUGAAAGCAAAAUUCGUAAUAAUCUCUAUGAAUCAGAAGCAUCAUUGGUCAAUGAUUUCCGCUUGAUGUUCUCCAAUUGCCGUCGAUACAAUGAAGAUGGAUCACUUAUUUAUCAGGAUGCUGAUCGUCUUGAACAGAUAAUGGAUUCAAAACUUUUAGAACUUGGACCACCACCAAAUGCAACUAUCAGUCAAUUAGAUUCCAAUGGACAACGAAUGAAAAAAGAACGCGUUCGACCGUCAUCGGCCAUACAACUAAAAAUGAAACAAUUAUUUGAUGCUGUUCAUGGUUAUACCGAUGCUAGAGGACGACAAUUAUCAGCCAUAUUUAUGAAACUUCCAUCACGAACAGAUUUUCCUGAUUAUUAUGAAGUGAUUGCUAAACCAAUAUGUUUGGAAAAAAUUAAUCAACGAAUCAAGAAUUGUGUAUAUGAAACCGUAGAAGAUUUACUGUCCGAUAUAAUCUUAAUGUUGGAUAAUGCUUGUAAAUAUAAUGAACCUGAUUCACAGAUAUUCAAAGAUGCAUUGACAUUACAACAAGUGGCAUUACAAACGAAAAUCGGUUUAAAUGUCGACACAGUCAAUGGAAUACCAGAUGUAAAAAUUAUCGUCCAGGAUUUAUUGACCAAUUUGUUCAUAUCGGUUUACACACAUCAAGAUGAAGAAGGUCGUUGCUUUUCUGAUUCGAUCAAUGAAUUGACCGAAACCAAUCCCAUCGAAUUUAAAACAUUGAAUUUCGACAUAAUUAAACGUAAUCUUAAUCUGGGUCGAUAUCGUCGUCUAGAUCGUUUCCAACAUGAUAUGUUUGAAGUAUUUGAAAGAUCGCGUAAAGUUUCUCGCACUGAUUCACAAGCAUUUGAAGAUUCGAUUGAAUUACAAAGUCAUUUUAUUGCAAUGCGAAAUGAACUUUGCCGUAAUGGUGAACUAUUGUCAUCAAGAGCAUUGAAUUAUAAUUUAAAUGCCUUGCAAGCUCAUAUUGAAACAUUGAGACAGGAAAAAGUUCCGAAAGAAUUGUCCGAAGAAGAAUCUAAUCGCCAGACUAUUGAUACUGAUAAAGAUAUUGAUCCAGUUAAUGCUAGUUCUAUUUCAUUAGGUGUUAUGGGCAUUGGUGGCCCGAUGCAAACAAUCAACGAAGAUGAAGCAGUAUUUCAUCAGGAUCUUAUGCUUAAAGUUGGCGAUUUUGUCUACGUUGAGCCUCAUGAUAAAAAUCUUGAUCCACAUAUCGUUUAUAUUGAAAGCUUCAAAAAAGAUAACACUGGACAAGCAUUGAUACAUGGUUGUUGGUUCUAUCGGCCACCAGAGACAUUUCAUUUGGCAUCGAGAAGAUUUUUAGAAAAAGAAGUUUUCAAAAGUGACAACUACACUAAUACACCAUUAUCACAAGUGAUGGGUAAAUGUUGUGUCAUGUUUGUCAAGGAUUAUUUCCGUUGUCAACCCAUAAAUAUCGAUGAUAAAGAUGUUUAUGUUUGUGAAUCACGAUAUACGAGUAAAGGAAAAUCAUUCAAAAAGAUAAAGAUUUGGCCAUGUCUACAGAAUACUCCAUAUAUAAUGCGAGCCAAUUUAUUACCUAUGACUCGUGUACCAUCUGUUUUUGCUAAAAAUCGACCCAAUAUUACUGUUUGUGAUGGAAAAUCCGGAAUUGCUGAAACUGGAGAUGAAAUUUCCGACAAUGAUAUGUUGGCUUCGAUGGCCGAAGGCAGCGAUUGUUCUGUGCUAGAUGUUCCACGACCAAAUGUACUUUGUCCAUCGCCAGCUGAUUGUCCUGUAGAACCUGGUGUUCAAAUUCAAUUCUAUGAACAAUUCACAAUUCCUGCUGGUACAUUCCGUGUCGGUGAUUGUUGUUAUGUUCGCACCGAUCAAGAACGAAAUUUAAUUUGUCGGAUUGAUCGUAUGUGGGUCGAUCAAGAUAGUAAUCCAUACUUUCAUGGGCCAUGGUAUGUUCAACAGGCUGAAUUGCCGCCCACCACUAUCGGAUCGUUCUAUCCACAAGAAGUGUUUCUUAGUUCAAUUGAAGAUACGAAUCCAUUAUUGUCUAUUUGUGAACGUUGUUCAGUGUUGGAUACUACAGAUUAUUGUACACAACGACCAACAGAAUUUUUGGAAAAGGAUGUUUAUGUUUGUGAAAUUCGUUAUCUGGAACAUGAGAAAAAAUUUGAACCAUUACCGGAAUGUGGAUUGAAGAAAAUUCUUUACCAAAAUCCGUCCAUCGUAGCCGAUGAAAUUUAUCGAUUCCGUAAGCCACUAGUUCUGACGAAAGCUAAUCAUCAAUUACCACAAGUGAUCGAAGAUCCUAAUCAUCCACUUUAUCAAAAAUUGAUUGCUCAGCAACAACAACACUCUCAACAGCAAGGUAGCAUGACUUCUACGAUUGAUCCAGCUCAAUUGAUUGUUUCUGAUUCGCUUUUAUCAUCUAUCCAUGAUGAUUCAACUAACGAUACAGUGACCGGUAUUGCCAUCACACCAUCUACUAGUAUUAUGCCACCACCAGUAGUUCCUUCCCCUGCUGCUGCUGCUGCAAUGGCAGUAUCGACAACUCCGAUGACAGUUGGCAUACAAAUGAAUGUUACGCCAAGUUCAAUCGCGACAACCAACGGCCAGAUUUUAACCGGAACACCAGUAUCCACACCAAUUGUAACACCUACAGCGGUAAUUUCUGCCAGCACUACGGCCACUCCGAUUGCAUCCAGUGGAACUAAUAGUAAAAAGAAGCCGGCUACUAAACGUUUGGUUACUGGUUACAUUAUUUUUGCUUCCGAAGUUCGUCGAUCGGUUGUCGAAGCAAAUCCUGAAUGUUCAUUUGGUGACAUAAGUCGUAUAAUAGGUAAUCAAUGGAAAUUGUUGACACCUGAACAGAAAAACGAAUACGAACAACGAGCAGCUAAACAAAAUGCCGAAGUAAAAGAAAUGGUAGCUGCUGAGAAAGCAUUACAAGAAUCAUUGGGUCCAUCAUCGCCGGCUCCACAACCUGGCCAACCAAUGGAGAACUGUGUGUUCGAAUGUCAUUGGGCCAACAAAUGUGAUUUUCAAUUUGAAGAUGCUCAAGAUCUUUUUGAACAUUUGACUGCUGAACCGAAUGGACAUGUCUGGAUUUCAUAUGCCGAUACAAAGGACAAAGAACCAGGCGAAUUUCAAUGUAUGUUUCAUGGUUGUGGACGAGUCAAAAAAGGAGCUACACCUUUUCCAAGCGUUCAACGAUUGAUUCGUCAUUGCAAAGAGGUGCAUAUCAACAAACAGAUACCCAAGUAUGUUGAUCCGGAAAAACGUUCAAAGAAUUACGUUCCUUCAUCAAAAUUGGCUGCAGCUAUAAUCAAUCAAAAUAGUCAAGGUUCUAUUAUGCAAACCGGACCACUGGGCGUCAUUCCAAAAACUGGCACGACAACUACAAUUGUUCAGGGAGGACAAUCAUUCCAAACGAUCAAUAUUCAACAUCAACCACAAUUUACAUUAAGUCAACAUCAAGUGGCCACAUCUACGAUUCCGAUUAUGACACAACAAGGAAAUCAAACUAUUGUUACCACACAUCCACAUGGUACAGCACAAUUGGUGACGACUACUGGACAAGCUGGACAAACAUUCAUUGCUCAACAUCCAUUGAUUGCAACGCAAUCCGGUCAAACGAUUCAAGGUGUUCUCCAUCAUCAUCCCCAUCAAUCGACCGUAGUCCAGUCCGUUCCUCAGUCGACCAUUCAGAUUCAAGCUAGCGGGCAACAGAUUCAAUUACAAGCUGCUCAAAACGCUGCCCAAUCAGUACCGACUCCAAUACAGAAGACAAGUAUUGGAAUACAGGCAAAACCAGCGGAACCACUUUUUGUUCAACCACCAAGAACUAAUCGCUUGGUCCACAGUCAAGCAUAUAUGAAAUACAUUGAAAAUCUUAAGCCAGAUCGCCGAUUCAUAUCGGCAUGGGAUCGCCAAUUACAAGCAAAAAGACCAGAAAAUGUCUACUCAACAGCGAAACAGAAUUAUGCUGCUUUAAGUAAUUGGCUAGAAAAUGGCCCUGUUACCAAUCAUGGUACAAUUGAAAACGCUUUAUGGGCAUUACGAAAUUUUAUGCACAAAGAUGCAUUAAAUUUAGCUCAAAAUUGUUAGUCAUUAUAAUUAAUUAAUUAAUAUUCAGACAUUAUAUUUAAUCUAUUUUUUUCAUUUUGACACU